AUGAAGGACGCAAUCUUCCAGGGGCUCCCUACAGGGCCCCAGUCAGAAAACCAGGGCGGCCCGCCAGAAGCACAGGGCCCCCGCACCUCUCCAGCCCCUAGGAGGCAGGAGCUGGCCCACCUGCAAAGCUGGAGCCUGGCUGGGCCCAGGCAUCCCACCUGCAGGAGCCCAGGCAGGCCAGGGGUCCCCAACCCCUGGGCCGUGGGCCGGUACCAGACCGCACAGCAGGAGGCGAGCGAAGCUUCAUCUGCCACGCCCCCAGCGCUGGCAUCACUGCCUGAGCCACCCCCCCCACCCUACCCCCAAGGCCCCGUCCGCCGGCAACCCCUGACCAUCAACUUCGGGGACACCCGGGGGAACCCGAAAAGGCUAGGCGACUCCACCCCCGACCGCCGGCCCCGAGGGUCGCCGCGACCCCGGCUCUGCACCCCGGAGCCGCCCUCGCUGGGAAGCAAGAUGGGGCCGGGCGGCAGGAAACCGGCCCGACGCCCCCGACCGCCGAGGCGCUCGCGGCCGCCGGAAUGUGGGGCGGGAAGGCGACUCCGGGGGCUCCGGGGACCCGUCCGCCCCGACGGCCCCUCCCCCGGAGGCCCCCAGCCGCGCUGCGCCCAGGUCCGGCCCCGGGGUGCGGGGGCGGAGGGGGCUGUGGGCCCGGCGGGGGGAGCGGCCCGACCCCGCAGUCAGCCGAGCCCAAGCCGCGCGGCGCCGCCACAACAAUGGCGAGCUGGCCGCCCGCCGCCCCCCGGCGGCCCCCGGCCCGACCCCGCGGGCCAACGGCGGCGGCGCGGGGCGGGCGGAGCCCCGCGCUCGCGGACAAAGGUCGGUCGGGCCCGGGCGCCGCUGUCAGUCAGCCGCCGCCGAGACAAAGCCGGCCGGGCCGCGCCGCCUCCAUCUUAG